AUGGCACCAGGCGUACAGAGCGGUACCGCCGUCGUCCAGGCCAAAAAGCUCCUGCGCCGCGCCAUCUCGUCCCGCCUCGCCGCUCUCCCCGCUCACCAGGUCCACCAAGAGUCUCAAGCCGUCGUCGCCCACCUCGUCUCGUCGCCCCACUACGCCGCGGCAUCCUCCGUCUCGGUCUACCUCUCGACCGCCCACGGCGAGGUCCACACCGACGCCAUCAUCCGCCACGCCCUCCAGCACGGCAAGCGCAUCUACGUCCCGUACUGCCCAAAGGAGGACAAGACCACCAUGCGCAUGCUCCGCCUCCGCGACGAGCACCACCUCGACCAGCUCGCGCCAAACCGAUGGGACAUCCGCGAGGUCGACCCGUCAGAGGCCGACUCUCUCGAAGACGCCGACGCACCAACCUCGCCCGGCCUCGACCUGAUCCUCGUCCCCGGCCUCGCGUUCGACCCGCUCCGGCGACGACUCGGCCACGGCCGAGGGUACUACGACCGGUACAUGACGGCGUGCAUGGACUACCCGAAACGGUUCGGCAAGCCCGCACCGAGAACCGUUGCGCUCGCGCUCCGGGCGCAGAUGGUCCAGGACGGCGAGGCCAUCCCGCUCAACGAGUGGGACCGGCUCGUCGACGUGCUCGUCACGCCCGACGGCGAGAUCAAGUAGCGCGCGCUGCAACGAGGGACAGGCUGGACCUUCCCAAACU